CUUAAUAUAACCGCCGCGGUGCCGCUGGGAGGAGGUGGGUUCACCAUGUUGGAUCGUCCGCCCGUCACAGCUUGACUAAACAUAGUUGUUGCUUUGAAUAACGUCGGAGGAAGCCGAGCCGAAGCCAGAGACUCCGGCGGCUUCCUCUUCUCUUCCGGCGGCGGCGGCGGAGGGAUCUGGGGAGGCGCGCGCCGAGCAGCUAGCGUUAGCCGCUAACUGACAGGUCGAAGCCGCCCGCUGGCUCGUCACCGGGAGCGGAGGGAUUACCUCGUUGAUCGUGUGCGCGCGUUUACGUGCGGUUCACCCGCCGCGGACGUGCGCUGCUGAGCGGCGGCAGUGUGGCAGCGGAGCCCGCUGAACACCCGGCUGCCAAUGCGCGCAAGCCACGUUAAGUAGUUCCCGUUUGUUGUUGUUGUUUUUGUUUGUUGAAUCAUGGCCGGAGCUUCGCCAGUUUGUCGUCACGCUAUGUGAGGAGCGGAUGCGGCCUGUGCCCGACCGCUGGGGCUUGGACCACCGCUCCGGUGCUCCACCGGAUCAGCCGCGUUAAUCACGGCUCGGAGAUUACCCGGCCUGCACCACCUGCGCCACCUGCAGCGGGAGGAGGAGCCCCGAUGGUGGGAGCAUCACCUUCACCUGGACCCGUGGGGCGAAUUUAGAGCCGCUUACAUCCGCGAGGCUGCGUCUCACCUGGAGCGGGGGAGGAGGGGUGGAGGUGGGGGACAACUUGGAGUUUCUUUAAUUCGUAUUUAUCAACAGUUUUCUUGUUCAGGUGGAGUUUGGUUGGAUUGUUUUAGACUCCUCGCCGCGGGCCAUGUUCUCCACCAGGAGGACUUUGACUUAGAGGGGGGUCAGAUGGUUUGCAUUAUGAUGAGGACAUAAAGCUGCAGGUGUUGCGUAUCAUUUUAACCUUUGAGUUCGUCAUCAGUGAAUGGCUCUUGGCGGCGCCACGGCUACACAUGUUACGAAAAUGAUGGCCGCUUACAACAGCGGCUCCUCGACGGUGGCCGCCCACCACCAGCAUCACCACCAGCUCCCGCACCUCCCGCCCCCCCACAUGCAACCGCACCACCACCACCACCACCACCACAAUAACAACAACAACCACCAAGUGGGCCAGCAUCACCUGCAGCACCCUGGCUCCGCCGCCGCCGCCCUGCACUCGGUCCAGCAGCAGGCCUACUUCCCGUCCCCCGCCCCUGGGCAAGCCCCCGGGCCGGCGGCGGCGGCAGCGGCCCCGGGCCAGGUCCCGGGCCAGGUCCAAGCCGCUGCGGUCAAAGCGCACCACAACCGGCACCACCUGCAGCCGCAGCUGGACAUGGAGCCCGACCGGCCCAUCGGGUACGGGGCGUUCGGGGUCGUCUGGUCCGUGACGGACCCCCGAGACGGGAAGAGGGUCGCCCUCAAAAAGAUGCCCAACGUCUUCCAGAACCUCGUUUCCUGCAAGAGGGUCUUCAGGGAGCUCAAGAUGCUGUCCUUCUUCAAACAUGAGAAUGUCCUCUCCGCUCUGGACAUCCUCCAACCUCCUCACAUCGACUACUUUGAAGAGAUCUACGUGGUGACUGAGCUGAUGCAGAGUGACCUCCAUAAGAUCAUCGUGUCUCCUCAGCCCCUGAGCUCGGACCACGCCAAGGUUUUCCUCUCCCGGUUUCUCGGGGGACUGAAAUACCUUCAUUCUGCUGGAAUUCUACAUCGCGAUAUCAAGCCUGGAAACCUGCUGGUCAACAGCAACUGUGUGCUCAAGAUCUGUGACUUCGGCCUGGCUCGGGUGGAGGAGUCGGACGAGUCGCGCCACAUGACCCAGGAAGUGGUGACCCAGUACUACCGGGCUCCAGAGAUCCUCAUGGGGAGCCGCCACUACUCCAACUCCAUCGACAUCUGGUCCGUGGGCUGCAUCUUCGCUGAGCUGCUGGGGAGACGCAUCCUCUUCCAGGCCCAGAGUCCCAUCCAGCAGCUGGAUCUCAUCACUGACCUGCUGGGGACGCCCUCCUUGGAGGCCAUGAGGACGGCGUGCGAAGGCGCCCGUACGCACAUCCUCAGAGGACCUCACAAACAGCCGUCGCUUCCUGUUCUGUACUCGCUGUCUGGCCAAGCGACCCACGAGGCGGUGCACCUCCUCUGCAGGAUGCUGGUGUUCGACCCGGCCAAGCGGAUCUCGGCGAAGGACGCGCUGGCCCACCCGUACCUGGACGAGGGCCGCCUGCGCUACCACACCUGCAUGUGCAGGUGCUGCUACACCACCUCCCCCGGGCGCGUCUACACCAGCGACUUCGAGCCCGUCACCGAGCCCAAGUUCGACGACGGCUUUGAGAAGAACCUGAGCUCCGUGAGACAGGUCAAAGAGAUCAUCCACCAGUUCAUCCUGGAGCAGCAGAAGGGGAGUCGAGUGCCGCUUUGCAUCAACCCGCAAUCCGCUGCUUUCAAAAGCUUCAUCAGCUCCACCGUGGCUCAUCCCUCUGAAAUGCCGCCGUCUCCGCUGGUGUGGGAGUAGCCUUCAUCACCAUCAUCAUCAUCCUCGUUGCCCCCCCCCCGACGGAUGAGCUGCUGAACUGGGAACAAAGCGCAGGCGCCUGUGGUCCAUCGUUGCGUUUCCAUGGAAACUCACAGGUCUGCUGUGAGUGCAUGAGGAGAAACCCACCCAAUGUCACUUCACGGGGUCCUACUGUUGAGGGGGGGGGUGUAAAUGAAGGAUCCCCAGGAGACUGAAUCUGAAGGUUCCGUCUGGUUACUCCGCUCAGAUGAGAUUUAGAAGUUGUACUUUCUUUUUUUUAAUAUAUAUAUAUUAAUAUAAAUCUAAAGAUGUCUAUUUUAACAUUUCCCACUUUUCUCUCCUGAGCUAGAUGAUCGACUGUAACCCCCCCCAAUUCGGCCACAGCUCGUAAUUAUUGAACGAUUAAUAAGCCAAAGAUCAGGAGCCUCGUGUACAAACAAAUCAUUCCGUUAUUCUUCAUCAGCAGCUCGGUCACCACAUGGACCUGAUGGGCGGUCUGAACUCCAGUUCUUCUGAAGAGACGUUAAACACAAAGAGGAGUGAUGUUAAUGUCAUUCUUUGUUUUCAUAUAUCAACAUAAAUAACCUAAAAUAAGACUAUCAACUAUUUAUAUCUAUAUAAAUAUAAUAUGUGUGUGUGAGAAAGUAUAGGAACAUGAAUACAUGCAGACGUUCGUGCACGAGGCUCCUGAACAUCUGUUUAUGAAAAGUGAUGUUUUGCGGAGUACGAUAAUGAAACUGUUCCUGGUUCAAUGAGGAAAAGGUGGAUUAUAGAGUCUUAAAGUGAUGGGGAUCUAAAUCGUGUAUUUGGUUCUGGAGUCUCUUCCUUUUGUGUUUGUGUGUCUGUCGGGACCUUCGUGGCUGCGUAGUGACGACUGGAGGAGGAACAGAAGUCUGAUCUUCGGUUCUCCUCGUUAAUUAUAGUUUAUGUUUGAAAUGAGCUGAGGUGUCGUGAUUCCUCGCCGUCCCGCGACCUCUGACCUCUGUCUCUGAGCGGGUCACUAUGAGACUGAGCGGUACCCUCUGGAGGCAGAAAUGGACCCACGGGACCCGCUGGAUAGGAGACAUUCUACGAGGUGUACAUAUAUUUUGCUGGUCUCUGACCCGCGGCCCCGGGGAGCCCGUCGUGUGAACCGGACUCCCCCCGGCGGCGCCGUGCGGCCCGGCGGGUUUGCUCUCUACCUCCCGAGCUCAGUGACUUGGCUCCCUGUUUGUCCACUGUCUCUCUGACCAGUUUUGAAGAAACGCUUGAAUGUUGAUUUGAGGCUUUUAUACUGAAGUUCUGUCAGGUCCCCCCCCCCCCCCCAAGCAAACACCUGACAUUAAAUGUUUGUAUUUUUAUGAAUAAGUCAAGAUGUCCUCCGACUGUUAGUCCUUGUUUUUCGGGGGAGGGGCUAGUCCAGGCGGUUUUAGACGUCACAUGAUGUAGGCGUAUCCAUGGUAACGUGCACUGACCCCAUGUCAUCAAACCGUUCACACUUAAUCUUCUAUGUUUAAGAGUCACUGGCAUUUAAGAGCAUCGCAGUAUUUAUGUUUCCAUGUUUAUCUAGUCGGCCUUCUUCAAAUUCAGUUGUUAGUUCAUUAGAAUCAUAAUAUGAUUUAAUUUAGUGUUUCCUAAAUGUUUUAAGGGUAAACUGUCUUUGAUCUCCUGUUGAAACAAAGUGAUUCACUAAAUUGGUUCUAGGACAUUAUGACUGAUAAUCUGAUGUAUGUCAUUGUUUCCAUGUUUAGCUAUUUUCUUAAAUCACAUAAUAUUAUAAAGGCUUGUAGUUGGAAUGCGUGUUAUUGAUCGUAGGGCGUUUCCUGUAUUUAUGAGGACUAUCAGCCUGCUUAUUGGAGGAUUUUCUCAGGAAUGAACAUGUGUUCAGUGGAAGGACCCCCCCCCCUUUGUUUCACUUCCUCUCUGACUCAUUUUAAAUAUUACAGUAAGAACCUCCACUCAGAAAACUACUGGAUUCCUUUUAUUUACUAUCCUACAAUGUUUGUAUAUUUGAUGUUCUAAUCAGAUGCAUUGUAAUUUAUAUACAACCUGCAGCAUGUGUAUGUGGAUAUAUAUAUAUAUAUAUAUAUAUAUACACACAUUACACACGCAUGUGUGUGUAAAGUACAGAACUCCGGCGUCUGCCGUCAUGUUUGGAAAAGUGUUAGGUCAUCAAAUAUGGAUGAGCACAUUAAAUGUGACGUUUGAAGAAGUU